UUGUUUGUUACCCUGAAACAGCCGCAGCUUUUUUCUGCACUCCAGCUCUCCUCCUGGCGUCAGCGCUUCUCCCCUUCCCUGCCUCCUUUUGCUUUGCUUCUUUCUGUUCCAACCCCCCCUCCUCCUCCAUCACUCCCCCCAUACACACACACUUCUAUAGUUAGUACCAUCUCCCCGCCCCUUACCUUUUGUACAUUUCAUGGUCAAUAUUUUCUUAAAUCCUUUUUGCAAAGUCGUUUCCUUUCCUGACCCCCCCCCCCGCUCUCUUUCUCUGCCUGCGCUGGAAACGUAAUAGGAAGAGGGUGCAAAAAAAAAAAUACAAAGCGGAGGACCCCCCCCCCGCACGCACACACACACACGCUCCCCGCGCGCUUCUCCCCCCCCUCCCCAACACGCGCAACAAACCAUAGAAUCGCCAAACCGAGGAUCUACAAAUGAGUGAAAGGAAACGAUGGAAUUGCACAUUUUGGAGCACCGCUUGAGAGUCGCGAGCGUGGCCAAGGAGAGGAUCCCGUUGUUCACCUAUGGGCUCAUCAAGCUGGCUUUCCUCUCCUCCAAGACCAGGUGCAAGUUCUUCAGUUUAACCGAAACGCCAGAGGACUACACGAUCAUCGUGGAUGAAGAAGGCUUUCUCGAGCUACCUUCGUCAGAGCACUUGAGUGUGGCGGAUGCAACGUGGUUGGCACUCAACGUGGUUUCCGGAGGAGGUAGCUUCUCCAGCUCGCAGCCCAUUGGCGUGACCAAGAUUGCCAAGUCUGUGAUCGCUCCGCUGGCUGAUCAGAACAUCUCUGUUUUCAUGCUUUCCACCUAUCAGACAGACUUCAUCUUGGUACGUGAGCGGGACCUGCCCCUUGUGAUGCACACACUGGCGUCUGAGUUCACCAUCCUCCGGGUCGUGAAUGGGGAGGCCGUGGCAGCCGACAGCCUCGGGAUAACAAACGGGUUUAUGAAGCCAAAACUGGUUCAAAGGCCUGUCAUCCAUCCCCUCUCCAGUCCGAGUAACAUGUUCUGUGUCACCAGCCUGGAUCCAGAUACCCUUCCCUCUGUCACCACGCUCCUUAUGGAUGUCAUGUUUUACUCCAAUGGAGUAAAAGAUUCUGCGGUGGGCAAUGAAGAUGCUGGACACAUUCGCUUUUUCUCAUUUUCUCUCAUUGAGGGUUACAUUUCUUUGGUGAUGGAUGUCCAGACGCAAAAAAGGUUUCCUAAUAAUUUGUUGUUUACAAGCGCAUCGGGAGAACUCUGGAAGAUGGUUCGGAUUGGAGGGCAGCCCCUUGGCUUUGACGAAUGUGGGAUUGUCGCGCAGAUUUCUGAACCGUUCGCCGCCGCCGACAUCCCUGCCUAUUACAUCAGUACUUUUAAAUUUGAUCAUGCACUGGUACCGGAAGAAAAUAUCAACAGUGUUAUCAAUGCACUCCAAGUCAGUCAAGCUGAAAAGCACUAGGAACCCUUUGGAGCGGAUCACAAGGACACAUUUUCCGUCAAAAACCCUUCUCAGUAUUGUCUUGGAGUGGAAAAAGAAAACAGUUUGGCUUUUUUCUCAAAAGAGAGAAUGGGAGAAGAACCUGUCGCCAUGCCAUGACGAAAAGAAGAAAUUAAGGACUGCUUGAGAGGGAAAUAACUCGUGAUAACUUUUUUUAAAAAAAAAAAUAGUAAUUUUGAAAACAAAAAUCUUCAAAAGGGUGGCAGGUGAAGGUUUUCUGAAGCAAAAUGUAAUCAUUCUGCCAUUUCUAUUUUCUGGGCGUGUCAAUGUGACAGAAAUACAUCACAUCCGAGGUUCAAAAUGAAAGAGACUGCGUGCGGUAAGGUACUUCAAGCGAGUAAGCUACUGGGAGGGAGUGCUGUCGUGAGGGUGAAAGAACAAAAAUUGUGUAGGAUGCGUUUGUGGAACAACAGAGGGGAGGGGAAAAAUAAGGUUUGGCUGUCUCACCUCCUUUGUGGAGAAAAAAGCAGGCUGUGCCAUGUAGUGUGGCAGCCAAGAUGGUCAAUCAUUACAGGGAAAUGUCACUAUGAGGUUAAGGGCAAAACAGGAGCCCUCCAGAUCAUCCCAAAGGUCCAUCUGUUCCAACAUCCUGUUUAGGAGCUGUUAAAUUUGCAGGAUGUAAAAUUCUAGUCCUCAUGGUUCUGAAGAAAGGGCUGGUUUUUAACAGGAACCCCCUGGAUGCUGCACUGACUGGCAGCCACUCUCUAGGGUUUCAGGCAGGGUUCUCUCUGUCCUACCUGGAGAUUGAACCAGGGACCUUUUGCGCGCAACGCAAAUGCUCUAACCACUGGGCUAUGCCCCCCUUUCCCCAACCAGAUGCUUCUAGGAGGCUGAAAACGGGCAUGAAGGCAACAAACCUCCCAUUUGAUUACUGUCCUGCCCAUCAGGGAAAGUCUAUUUCAGUAGCAUGGAUAAUGGCGGUCAAGAGCCACACAUGCGCCAUAAAUAUGUCUGAUCCCCUUUGGAAGCUGCCUCCAGCCUAGUGGCCACCGCCAUGCCGUUUGGCAAUGGGAACGAACUCCAGUGUCCAGAAGGGCCCCAAAUUCAGUCGUCGGCACCACCAGUUAAAAGUGGGUCCUGGGAAAGUCCUUUGCCUGAGAUUCUGGUGAGCCAAUGCCGGUCUGAGAACACAGUAGUGGACUAGAUGGGCGCAGAGUGUCAGUGGCCCUUGCAGAAGUCAGCAGGGUGGAGGAUGUGGACAAAGCUAGAAUUAGGUAGCGCUCUGGAUCAUUGGCUCUGGAUCCACCUCCUACUGGGGCUCCCUGCCUUCUGCCCCACAAGUCCCAGUAAGCUGCAGGCACUGCGGCAGAUUCUACUAUAAAGCAGGUUCCUGUGUUGUUAGGGUUACUUGUCAUAGGCCCUCUCUCAUCAGGGGGAACUGUGAAAUGCAGCCUCAAGCAAUUGACUGUUCAAAACUUGACUGUUCAAAACCUAACAGAGGCCUUCUUACAGAUGUGGAGCAGAAAAAAUUUGGGAAUUUCCCCCCCCUAUAAUUUUUUUCCAUUUCAUAAGUUCAUUAGUAACAGAGAAUCGAUGCCAUCUGCAAAAAGAUAUUAGGCAAGUGCGGCGGUUUUGGCGUUUGUAGCUUUGUUUAUUAAAAGCAAGUAAAAUAAACCUGCUAGAUUAGAUCACUCUCUGCAAUAAAAGUGGUGCCCUCCAGCUCUCCUGGACCACUGCUCCCAUCUGUUCCAGCCAGCAUGGCCAAUGGUCAGGGAUGAUGGGAGUUGUGAUCCACAACAGCUCUACAGCACCAGAAAAUUGUCUAAUACAAACUGAAAUGUUUCCAAUGCAAAUUACCCUAAUCCAAUUCAAAAGUUUCUGGAAGACCCAGAUCACUAGGUAUUCUCUAAUUUUCAGCAGGUUACAGCAGAAAGGUGAGUGCAGGGGUGUUGCAACGUAUAUACCAAUGGAUUAUCUAUUUGAGAAUUAGACACAUGUGACAUUUCCCCGUAAAAGCCAGUGGGCACAAUCUGAAUGAGCUGUCUUGGGCACAUCCCACUGAAAUGAGCACUAUAUUAGAAAUUGUGGGGAAGGGGGUGUUGCGCCCUCUAUUUUAUAAACUGUCUCUUUUAGGCACUUGGUUGGCUUGAUUAGACACACCAAUGGAUUCUUUAAGUUUGUUUGCUUAGUUCAACCUUCCAUCAUUCAGGAUUGUGAGAUGGGGAUAAGCCCUGACGAAGAUAUCUUUGUUGGCUUUUGGAAAAUUGAAAUUUUGAUUUCUGAAUGUUUGUACUUAAUGAGACCUUCUCUGUGUUGCUGCACUUGAAUGCCUCUAGGAGAGCCCUCUGCAGUUUCCCAGUACAUCGUUGCUGCAAAGUUUUCCAAUCUAAGUAAGUUUCA